GCACGGAAAGGCCAACCCUCUGAAAACCCAUGAACCCGAAUGGCUACACUCAAGCGUCGACAGUUUCAGCCAUUGAUACAAUUAUGCAUCGAAACCUUGACAGCAAAUUUCGCCACCCUACAGCCAACCAGUUGAAAAGAAAACUUGAACUCUCUAACUACUAAAUGACCAAUAACUAAACCGCUACGUCCUUUGUCCUCUCAAGAGUUCCGCUAUGCCCGAGCAGCCAAAGGCUGAAAUGUCGAACCUGCCAAUACAUGAUUGGCCCCAGCCACCACAGACACCCCAAUCCAACCUAGUGCCCGCCCUUGACGAUAAGCCCACCACCCCACAUCCCACAUUAGCGCCCUCAAGACCAUCGCCCCCCCAGUCACUCACUACUCACCACCAAGAAAACAAUGCCGAUAAUCGCCUCCCUCCACAAGCAGAUAGCGUCCUGCGAGGCGACACUCAUCCAGCUGCGUCAGCAGCUGUCCGAAGCAGAGCACACGCAGCGGCAACAGCAAAAAGCCUCGCAGCAGAAAAAGUCCACACUCGAUCCGCUGGGCCAUGACAUGGAUUACGGGGUGCCGGAUGACUUCCGCGCAGAGGUACUGCACGUGUUGAACCACGCCGAGGAGCGAGAUAGUCAAGACGUGAAUGGGCUGGCGGAGCAGAGGAGGUGGCCCCUCGAACAUGAUGAGUAUAGGAGAUAUGGACGGCAGUUGAUUAUGCCUGAGGUUGGGCUGCAGGGCCAGCUGCGGUUGAGAGAGGCGAGUGUGCUUGUUGUGGGGGUGGGGGGCUUGGGGUGUCCGGCUGCGGCGUAUUUGGUGGGCGCGGGAGUUGGGUCUGUGGGCUUGGUGGAUGGGGAUGUGGUUGAGGAGUCGAAUCUGCAUCGCCAGAUUCUGCAUUCUACUGCUAGGGUGGGCAUGACGAAGGUUGAGAGCGCAAUGGUUGCGCUUAAUUCGCUGAAUCCAAACGUCAAACUUGUCCCCCACAAAGCCCGCCUUUCGCCAGAAAACGCCAUCUCCAUAUUCAAAGACUACGACAUCGUACUGGACUGCACAGAUACCCCAGCAUCACGCUAUCUCAUCUCCGACACAUGCGUAGCCACACGCAAGCCCCUCAUCUCCGCAUCCGCACUGCGCAUCGACGGCCAACUAAUGGUGCUCAACAACCCUCCCCUCCCCCCCGGCGACCCCAACGGCGGCCCCUGCUACCGAUGUAUCUUCCCCAAACCACCACCCCCAGAAACCGUCGUAUCAUGCGGCGACGGCGGAAUCCUAGGCCCCGUCGUCGGUGUAAUGGGCGUGCUCCAAGCCCUCGAAGCCAUCAAAGUCCUCACCCGCCCCGCCCCUACAUCCCCCGCCGACCCACCAACCCUGCUCCUCUUCUCCGCCUACUCCACCCCGCUCUUCCGCAGCAUCCGCCUCCGCGCCCGCAAACCAACCUGCGCAGCCUGCUCCAGCCAGGCCACCAUCACGCCCGAGACCCUGCACUCAGGCGCCACGGACUACGUGCAGUUCUGCGGGCUCACGCGGCCCGUCGAUGCGCUCACGCCGCAGGAACGCGUGUCGGCGGACAGCUAUGCGAAGCUGCGCUCGGGCGUGAAUCCGUUCACCGGCUCGCUGCUCAGCAAGGACAGCCAUAUCCUCGUCGAUGUGCGCGAGCGCGUGCAGUUCGAGCUGUGCAGCAUAGAUGGGAGUAUUAAUAUCCCGUUUUCUGCUGUGUCGGGUACACCGGGCGCGGCGCACGGUUCGGGGUUUCGUGCUGUGGACGGGGAUAUGGAGGGGCAGGAGGCGGAAUGGGUUGCGCGGCUGCGGGGGACUGAGAAGCCGAUUUUCGUCGUGUGUAGGCUGGGUAACGACUCGCAGGUUACGGUUAGGAAGAUGAAGGAGCUGGGUUUGGGUUUUGGAGGAAAACGGUUUAUCGGAGAUAUCAGGGGCGGGCUGAGCGCUUGGAGAGAUAGGGUUGAUGGCGAGUUUCCUAAUUACUGAGUGUCCAAGAAAGACAUGCUGGGGGUCUCCUCUGUAUUCCGGGAGGGAGAUGCGAAGAGGAUUCAUAGGAGAUGCGUUGUUUGCAGUGGCAGGUGUUUCUGCUUUCGAGAGUGGCCAGAAGAGCGUGGACGUGAGGUACGAAUCCGUGUAUGGAGAUAGCGCUCUCUCAUUUCGCCUUUUGUGCUUCGACGGAAGGACUCA